CUUAGUGCCGUUGGCAAACAUCAUUUGGUAAAUUAUAAUUCAAGUAUAGGAAAUCACAAGGAAAUAUCUGAUUUUGUUACAGCAAAAGGAAGAACCUGUCUCCUCAGAGCAGAGAGAUCAGCUGCACACCUAAUUUCUGUGCGGUCUCCAUGCAACAGGGCAAUAUUUGCUCGUCUGAAUGAUUGCACCAAGAAAUGGUCCACGAUUAUACAUGUACAUGAGAACAAAAUUUUGCAAGUCACCUCUUGUCCACGUCUGAAACGUGACCUGGAGCACUCCAAGAGACCAAUUCGAUGUGACUUCCAGCAGCUCAGAAAAAUGGAUAUUCGCCUUGCAUAAUUGCAUAUUCGGUGCAAGUUCACCGUUCAAAUUCCGUCGAAACAAUAACUGUGUAUACAGUUCUCACCCUGUGGUUCUGAACUCUGAAAGCUGCAUACGAUUCUCGUUCGACGACUCUGAAAACUCGCGUAGUCCCAAUGGAGCGAGGAUAAGGGAGCCGUUCAAGUUGCAAGACACUUGCCAAUAAUUUUUGUUGCUCUGCAUCAUCGGCUAACCACCGGAAUCUUUCAACUCCUCCCUGUGUUCGGUCAGCCAUCUCGUGUUAUUCGUGCGAAACAAACUGACUCUGAGCAUCUAAUCAGACAAGCAAGCAAACAAAUUAACCCACAGGCUGGCCUGUCCUUCGACGAAGCCAUGGCCUCGUCAUCACUCAUGAAUCAUGACAACCAGAACAAUCUGUCAUCCCCCCUAACAAAAUUGUGGAACAUGCAUGCAGCCUAGCCUCUCUCUUCUCUGAUGGUCUGACCUAAUGAUGACAAUGUGCGAAAGCAUGCGACGGCGCUGCCACAAGCAACGAACGGGCCUGAGUCCAUGCCGGUCGCUGGCUCUCUAACUAACACACGACCACCACCACCACACAAGUCCAAGCCGACACGGAAUGCUAAGCGAGCAGGGGCACCACGUGUGUAUCUCGUGGGAUAAUGUGGAGUAGAGAACAGAGAUAGAUAGACCCGUGUCGUCAAGAGCAUAGUGUAGUAAUGUGUAUAUAUGGAUGAGCCGUGAAGCGGAGGAGGAGGAUGCAUUAAAGGCGCGAGCAGUGGAGUCGUCGCCAAACAAGCCACACUGCGGCCACGGCGGCGAGCGCUGCGAGCGAGCUCGAGGUUUCUUGCAAGUAACCGCCGGUUCCUUGCGGCGGCCGGCAGCCGGCAGGGGUGGCCGGCAAGGCAACCCCAGGCCUCGGUGAGGGAGCAGCUGCUUGGCCGGGCAGGCCCCCGCUGGGUAUAUAGGCAUAUAAACAAGUGUCGCCGAAGGAUCCCAUAGACAUUGUCACUUGUCAGGAGGGGAUCGGGCUGAGACGGACGGCGAGCUGCCUCCUGCUUCGGUUCUGAACUUCCUGCGUGGCUCUGAGCGAGCUCCCAGGGACGCGUCUUGGAGCUUGCCUUCUUCUUCCUCCUCCUCUCCGGUCGGCCGGCGUCGAGGGGGUUAUGCGAAGGAGCAGGUCGUGCUUCUCCUGCGUGCCCAUGGGAACGGCGGCGCUGCCCAUCGAGAAGCACUUCGUUCCUCCGGCCGCGCUGCCGUCGUGGCCGGCCUCAGCAGUUUCAGAUGGAGGAUUUGCAAAGGGCAGCAUAGACCUUGGAGGCCUAGAAGUGCGCCAAAUCACCACAUUCGACAAGGUCUGGUCCACCACGCAAGGCGGCCAGGACGGCGUCGGCGCCACCUUCUUCAAGCCCUCGCCGGUCCCUGCCGGCUUCUCCGUGCUCGGCCACUACGCGCAGCCCAACAACAGGCCUCUCUUCGGCCACGUCCUCGUCGCUCGGGACACGUCCGGCACCGGAGCAUUCCUUGCUGCGCCCGUGGACUACAAACUCGUUUGGUCCAGCCCGGACGGCGCCGGCCAUUUCUGGCUCCCCGCGUCGCCAGACGGUUACAAGGCGGUCGGCACGGUGGUCACGGCCACGUCUGACAAACCUUCGGCCAACGAGGUCCGGUGCGUCCGCGCUGACUUCACCGACGCGUGCGAGACCGAGGAGUCGGUGCUGAGCAGCGACAAGGACAGCUUCAGCACCGCCACCCUGAGGCCGGCGGUCCGUGGCAUCGAUGCCCGAGGCGUGCACGCCGGCACGUUCCUCGCCCAGAGCAGCGCGACGCCGGCGAACGCCUCGACGUUGGCGUGCCUGAAGAACAACAGCGCGAGUUACACGUCCUCCAUGCCUGACCUGGCCCAGGUGAACUCCCUCCUCGCGGCCUACGCGCCGCACGUGUACCUGCACCCGAACGAGCCCUACCUGCCUUCGUCGGUGACGUGGUUCUUCGAGAACGGCGCGCUGCUGCACCAGAAUGGCAGCCAGACCCCGAAGCCGGUGGCCGCCGACGGGUCGAACCUCCCGCAAGGCGGCGGCAAUGACGGCGGGUACUGGCUCGAUCUGCCGGUGGACAGCAAGCAGAGGGAGAAGGUCAAGAAGGGCGACCUCGCCGGCGCGAAGGUGUACGUGCAGGCGAAGCCGAUGCUGGGCGGGACGGUGACCGACCUCGCCGUGUGGAUCUUCUACCCGUUCAACGGGCCUGCGCGGGCCAAGGUGGGCCUCCUCACGAUCCCGCUGGGCGAGAUCGGCGAGCACGUCGGCGACUGGGAGCACGUGACGCUGCGCGUGAGCAACUUCUCCGGCGAGCUCCUCCGGAUGUACUUCUCGCAGCACAGCGCGGGCACGUGGGUGGAGGCGUCGCAGCUGGAGUACCUCGGCGGGGACGGCGGGAACAGGCCGGUGGCGUACGCGUCGCUGCACGGGCACGCGAUGUACCCGAAGGCGGGGCUGGUGCUGCAGGGCGACGCGAGGCUGGGCGUCGGGAUCCGGAACGACUGCGCCAGGGGGAGCAGGCUGGACACCGGCGGCGCCGGGCGGUGCGAGGUGGUGUCGGCGGAGUACCUCGGCGUCGCGGAGCCGGCGUGGCUCGGGUUCGAGCGCGAGUGGGGGCCGAGGGAGGAGUACGACAUCGGGCGCGAGAUCAACCGCGUGGCGAGGAUCCUGCCGCGGUCGGCGAGGGAGCGGCUGGCCAAGCUGGUAGAGAAGGUGCUCGUCGGCGAUGGGCCGACGGGGCCCAAGAUGCACGGCAACUGGAGAAACGACGAGAGGGAGGCCUGACGGCUGAUGGGGCCUUGCAUUGCCGAUCAGACGGUUGGCGAUCGAUCCAGUACUCGCGUGUCGUGUAUAGUACUUGCUAGCGAUCGGAAGGCUGUUCGACACUUACGUUUGUUGCAUGGAAAUGGUUGCGUUCUCGCGCAGCGCAUCACUUCGAUGCCUAGCAUUGUUAAGUUCGGUUCGCUGUUCGCAUCAUAUACUUGCUCCAAGAUUUAGUUAGGUUGAAUCAACGGUUUGUAAAGUAUACUAAAAAAGUUGCAGUAUUCUGAUUCAAAUUUGUGAAAAAGAGAGACUAGUAUGUAUAGUUUCAUCUUCGAAGAAGCAGCAAGUGUUCAUAUGAACGAAGCAUCCUGAAAAAUUGCA